AGCACAAGCUUCACAAAAAUGGCUCUCAAAAAAGCUAUGAGUAAAGAAUGAGUGAUUUGCAAUGAAAGAGUAGGAGUUGUGAAGUCAAUUCAUAUGUAAAACACACCCAAACACCCCAUUUUAUAGUGGAAAAAUAGGCUCCAACGGACCAAAACAUUUAAGGGGUGAUUUGCACAAUUUGUGGGAUUUGAUUAAAUUUGGAUCUGCUGAAAUUCACCCAGACAGCGCUGUCCUAGGCUUGGACAUCGCUGUUCUAGGCUUGCAUUUUGAAAAUUGGGAAGCAACGGUCAUGCCAACAGCGAUGUCCAAUACCUCUACAUCGCUGUUUUGGCUGUUGACUUCCAAACAAGGAAAGUUUUGGCCUAAAAUUCCUACCAACGGUCAGGUUGGACAACGCUGUAGGGAAGCCUACAUCGCUGUUCCAGAAGUUUCUGGAAAUCCAACCUUGGCUCAACAGCGAUGUCUAGUGUGCAACAUCGCUGUUGGAAGACUUAACGCCAAACUAUGGUUUUCAGCUACUCAAGCCAGACAGCGCUCUUGGGUGCACCAACAUCACUGUUGGGCUGGUUUAGCCAGACCCAUGGUUGGUUUAGUCAUGCCGUUAGCCGAUGUCAAAAAACGCCAGCAGCAGAACGGGGCCGUGGCACGACAGUGGCAGGUCCGCGGCGUUGUCCGACCGCUUCUUGAAGGUUUGGGUGCUGAUCGCCCAAAUCUUCGUGGCCUUUGUGAGUGGGCCAACGGUGGUGGUCACCUUGAACCAUUCAAGGAUGUCCAUCACCACGAACGGGUACGGGAGGAGGUGGUCGUGGUCGGUGGACGCGGCAAUCGUCAUGUUGAUCAUGACAAACUUUGCCCAAUUGAUUGGGGCCGAGUGCAUGAUCGCAUGGAUGAGUUUGAGGUCCUCACCGAACAUGAUUGUGUGGCCAUGCUUCCGGGGCUUGAUGAUUCGGGACACGAUGUAGAGAAGAAGACGGCCUUCGGGGUUAGCGAAGUGGAUGGUGGGGCGGCCCGAGGCAUGGCGGAUGAGCUCGGUGAUGCCAAGCUCAUUGAGGAUAAGCCCCUCGUUGUUGAGCACCCAGUCCUCUCCGCCAUAGUGGGAGACGUCGUUGCCUUGGUAGGGGAGGCCGGCGAUGCGCCCAAGCUGCUCAACGGAAAGCUAUAUCGGCGUGCUCCUUACAAGAGAGUAGAGCACGUCGCCCUCACGCCGGAGGUUGGAAUAGAAGACCCGAAUCAGCGCCGGGUUGAUCUCCUUCCGAGCCCAGGAGACGAAUGGCCAAAGGCCGGCUUGAUGAAGCUACGCGUCGAGGUCGUCGUAGUCCUGCAACUCCGGGUAGCGCUCUGGGAUGAUCCGUGGAGGAGCCACUACCCGUUUAGAGAAGAAAGUGAGAAAGCAGGUGCGCUCCUCCUCGGAAUCGAACCAGAGGUACGAUCCGUCGCCAUAGUAGAGGCGUUCCUCGGUGGAUGUCGUAGGCGCCCGGGAUUUGGACUUUGAUUUCCCGGAGGUGGCAGCCCUGCUCUUGUCCUUGC